GCACUUCUAGGUUAGCAGGUUGCCAUGGCAUCUGGACCCCACAUGAUGGACCCCAUUUGUCUGGUGGAACAUGACAAUGAGCUGCUGUCAGUGAACCAGGAAGCUCUACAGAUUCUUGAGAAGAUUUCUCAGCCAUUGGUGGUGGUGGCCAUUGUAGGACUGUAUCGUACAGGCAAAUCCUACUUGAUGAACCGUCUUACAGGACAGAACAAUGGUUUCCCUCUGGGCUCUACAGUGCAGUCUAAAACAAAGGGCAUCUGGAUGUGGUGUGUGCCUCACCCUUCCAAGUCAGACCAUACCCUGGUCCUUCUGGACACAGAGGGCCUGGGCGAUGUGGAAAAGGGUGACCCCAAGAAUGACUCGUGGAUCUUUGCCCUGGCUGUGCUUCUAUGUAGCAGCUUUGUCUACAACAGCAUGAGCACCAUCAACCACCAGGCCUUGGAACAACUGCAUUAUGUGACAGAGCUCACAGAACUCAUCAGGGCCAAGUCCUUUUCAAGACCUGGUGUACUAGAAGAUUCCACAGAGUUUGUGAGUUUCUUUCCAGACUUUAUCUGGACUGUACGGGAUUUCACCCUGGAGCUGAUGUUAAACGGUCACCCUAUCACAGAAGAUGAGUACCUGGAGAAUGCCUUGAAGCUGAUUCCAGGCAAGAAUCCCAAAGCCCAAACAUCGAAUCUACCCAGAGAGUGUAUCAGGCAUUUCUUUCCAACACGGAAAUGUUUUGUCUUCGACCGGCCAACAAAUGACAAAGAACUUCUAGCUGAUAUUGAGAAUGUAUCUGAAGACCAACUGGAUCCUAACUUCCUGGAACAAACAAAGAAUUUCUGUUCUUGCAUCUUCACCAAUGCAAAAACCAAGACCCUCAGAGAGGGAAUCACAGUCACUGGGAGCCGUCUGGGGACUCUGGUUGUGACCUAUGUGGAUACCAUCAAUACUGGAGAUGUACCUUGUUUGGAGAACGCAGUGACAACUCUGGCCCAGCUGGAGAACUCAGCGGCUGUGCAGAAGGCAGCCGACCACUACAGUGAGCAGAUGACCCAGCAACUGAGGCUCCCCACGGACACGCUCCAGGAGCUUCUGGAGGUGCACGCAGCCUGUGAGAGGGAAGCCAUUGCAAUCUUCAUGGAGCGCUCCUUCAAGGAUGAAAAUCAGGAAUUUCAGAAGAAUCUUGUGGAAAUCAUAAAGGAUAAGAAAGAGGGUUUCUUGCUGCAGAAUGAACAGGCAUCUGUCAAAUACUGCCAGGCUAAACUUCAUGAGCUUUCCAAGGCCCUAAUGGAAAAUAUUUCAGCAGGCACUUUUUCUGUUCCUGGAGGUCAUGAACUCUACAGGAAAGCAAAGGAAAUGCUUAAAAGCGACUAUUGCCAAGUGCCCAGGAAAGGAGUGAAGGCAAACGAAGUCCUCCAGAACUUUCUGCUAUCACAGGUGGCAAUAGAGAAAUCCAUCCUGGAGGCAGAUAAAGCCCUCACUGAUGGGGAGAAGGCUGUAGUAGAGGAGCGGGCCAGGAGGGAGACAGCUGAGAGGGAACAGGAGCUGCUGAAACAGAAACUGCAGGAGCUGGGGCAGCAGAUGGAAGCACGACAGAGGAGUCUCCAGGAAAACGUAGCCCAGCUGACAAGGAAGCUGGCAAGGGGAAGAGAAAACCUACUGAGAGAGCAGAAUAUGAUGUUGGAGCAUAAGCUGAUGGUCCAGGAAGCUCUGCUUAAAGAAGGAUUUAGAAAGAAAUCUGAGGAGAUGAAUGCAGAGAUAAAUCAUUUGAAAAAUAUGAUUGAUAAUACUAAAGAUGAUGAUACUCCCUGGCUGGCACUAGCCUUGGAAAAAUUUGGCAAAGAGAUCUCUUCACUAUUGUGCACGCCAGGCAAACUUCUUGGUCAAAUAGUGAGUGGUGUGAGCUCCCUAUUUAAAAAAAAGUAG